ACACACUUUCACUCUCACUACACACACACACACACACACGCCCUCAUCUAUAAUUGAUGCUUGCUCUGGGCCGAUGCUGCAGGGCUCGGGACUGAGGCAGCUGCUUAGUUUAUGGAGGAAAAAGGGAGCAAGAUGGUGGAGCAGGGUAAUCAGGACGCCCCAGCACCCCCAGAGCCCAUGGCCCAGCCUUACCCCUCCGCCCAGUUCGCCCCCCCUCAGAACGGAAUCCCCACCGAGUACCCGGCUUCACACCCCCACCCGGCUCCAGAGUACCCGGGCCAGACCGCUGUACCCGACCACACGCUGAACAUGUACCCCCCGGCGCAGACACACAGCGAGCCCAGCGCAGACACCAGCGUACAGACCGUCUCCGGCACAGCCACACAGACAGACGACGCAGCACAGACAGACAGCCAGCAACAGACACAGUCAUCCGAAAACACGGAAAACAAGACGCAGCCGAAGCGGCUUCACGUCUCCAACAUCCCUUUCAGGUUCAGAGAUCCAGACCUCAGGCAAAUGUUUGGCCAAUUUGGUAAAAUCUUAGAUGUUGAGAUCAUUUUUAAUGAGAGAGGAUCUAAGGGUUUUGGUUUCGUAACUUUCGAAAGUAGUGCUGAUGCGGACAGGGCGAGGGAGAAAUUACACGGCACGGUGGUAGAAGGCCGUAAAAUAGAGGUUAACAAUGCAACAGCACGAGUAAUGACAAACAAAAAGACGGUCAACCCAUAUGCAAACGGCUGGAAGUUAAAUCCUGUUGUGGGUGCAGUCUACAGCCCAGAAUUCUAUGCAGUGCCAGGUUUUCCAUACCCAGCUGCCACGGCGGCUGCAGCAUACAGAGGGGCGCACUUAAGAGGGAGAGGACGCACCGUCUACAACACGUUCCGGGCAGCUGCUCCUCCACCGCACAUCCCAGCGUACGGAGGCGUUGUGUACCAGGACGGAUUUUAUGGUGCAGAUAUUUAUGGCGGAUACGCUGCCUACCGAUACGCCCAGCCUGCCACCGCCACCGCCGCUGCCUACAGUGACAGAAAUCAUUUCGUCCUCGUUGCAGCCGAUGAAAUUUCUUGUAACACCUCUUCAGUUACGGACGAGUUUAUGCUGCCGACCCCUACAACCACGCACUUGCUCCAGCAGCCACAUACAGCGUUGGUGCCAUGAACGCUUUCGCGCCCCUGACCGAUGCCAAGACCAGGAGUCACGCGGACGAUGUGGGUCUUGUUCUUUCUUCAUUGCAGGCUAGUAUAUACCGAGGUGGAUACAGUCGUUUCGCUCCAUACUAAGAAAAAAAACAACACAAAACCAACAAAAAACACUAAUGAGAAUCUUCCUGUGGGGUAAAGAGAGAAUAAUUCAGAGGCCUGGGUAUUGCAAUACAUGCAGUAGUGCAUCAUUUUGGCAUCUCUUAAGAGAGAGGACAAAAAUGGAUAUUUUUCAUCUUAUACCUCAGAUAUUUUGUGCUGUGUAUUUUAAUAUUGUGGGUUUUUAAUUUCUAAAGAUUACAUAGAUUGUUGGCUGUAGAGGUUUCUGUGGUGAUCUAGAGAGCUGCUAGAUUUUAAAAAGAAGAAAAAAAAACACUUAAAGAUACAAAUUGUUAGGGCUUUAUCAUGUAAAUGAAUUAUGUAUGAUAAAUAUUAAGUCCCUUGGGGUUAUCAUAUUUUGUAAGAGUGUAAGUGACUACAAGUGCUUUUUUUGUUCGUUUUUUUUGUUGGUGCUUUUUUGAUUUCUGGGGGUUUUUUUGGGUCGUUUGUGGUUUCCAUGCCUGAAAGAAAGAAAGAGAGAGAGAGAGAGAGAGAGAGAGGGACAGGAAGGUAGACGGUAGGUGAGUGUAGACGCCCGCAUCUCAGCGGCGGGCAGCAGAGGUGGGCCCGAGGGAAGCCAGCGCACCGUGGUGGUGCGAAGACAGGAAAGAAACCACUGAGGCAUUGAUUAUUUCAGCCGUCUGAUAUCAGUCAUCACUCAAAGCCAAAGUUUACGUUCCUGGGAUGUUCUACGUGUUCGGAAUUUUACAUAGCGGCUCUUAGAAAAACUCCACAAAACUUCACCGUGACAGUAUUUUACUGUUUACCUAUUAUCUAGUACGUAGGUCAGGCCCUUAACUAGUUGAUGCCAACCACAAGAUGUUCUUUUUAUAUUACGGUACUUCCAGUAUAUCGAUUGAUAUAAUUGCUGACUUUUAUAUUACGGGAGAGAUGAAUAAGUAAAAAAAUAAAAAUAAAAAAAAUUAAAAAGACGGCGAAAGUGGCGCCGUUUAUAUUUUCUGUUUUUUUUGUUUUCCUUUCUUUUAUUUCAUUUUUUUUUUUCGAAAGUAAUGAAAACUAUGAUUAUUUGUACCGGAUGAAAGUGAAAAAAAAAAAUAAUAAUAAUAAACCAACAGUGUAUUAAAUUUGAUCUGUUCAGUGGAAAUGUUCUCUUAUACGAAAUACACAGCUGUGUAAUGUUUUAGAAUUAGUGUGGUAGACCAACUGUUAGAGAAAGGUGUCUCAUUUUUUAUGGAAUCAUACUCAGAUUUAUAUCAACACUUUACAAGUAAUGCAAUCAUUAUGUAGAUAUGAUCAUAGUAUUUUUGUCAACUGUACUAUUUUGCACACACGACCUGCAGUUUUUUCAUCACUUCUCAGCUCGUGGGACAUUACAUCGUCUGUUGUUUGCUUUUUUGAUUUUUUUUUGUUUUGUUUUGUUUUGUUUUGUUUUUUUGUUUAUUUGCUUUGCCUCGUUUUAGUUUUGAUAUCAUUUUUAAUGUGACAUCCUUUGUAAUAUUAUUUUCUAGAAACACAGCCUUUACACUUUGAAACUGUUUGAUUAUCGAGAAACUGAGAAAUAUAGGACUUGUGAAAAAGAUAUCUAUAUGUAAAUAUGAAUAAUGAUAAAUAUGUCAUUUACAAGUGCUACACAAACAAGCCGUCCAGGUGUCCUUGAAGAGUGGCGGCUUGUGCUGUGCAUUCGCGAAGAACUUCCCUUCAUGUUGUUUACAGUAUACCUACUUAGAGGUGUUUGUCACAUAUCUCAUUUUUGUUUCUUUUUUUUUUUGGGUUCCUUUUUUGUAUUUAUAAAAAAUGUUAAAAUACAUAAAAUACAACAAAAACAGCAGCUUAAAUUUAUCCAGCUGCAAAUAUCCUCUUGUGUACUGUGUGUCCUACCACACAACUGGGCAAAAAUAUCGUAUCCACUGCUGUAACUCUGCUAUACUUUCUGCUUCCAGUAGGUGUUGUGAACAGGCCUUCUCCUUGUCAUUGUAUGUGCAUGCACUAUGAUCCGCAUAACAGUAACCAUCAAUAAAGUUUCUCAAGAUAAGGAGAAA